AUGGCGUGUAACUCAUUUGGCAGCGCAAACUCUGGGCUCCAGAUUGGAAAUAAUACUGGCAGUAUCAACAAUCCGCACUUUUACCUGCCCCUUGUCCGACAGCAAUCUACCGACACAUGGGUCUUCUGGAUUCAUGCGAGUAACGCAGCCCGCUGCGAGGACGGCCUGCGUGACCUUGCCGAUCGAGCCAAGAUUCCUGGGCGCAAGGACCGCAACACUAAUAUCUUCCAGCUCGUCGGAAACUGGCUUCAAGAUACAACAAUUGGAAAAUGGAUUCUUGUUCUGGAUAAUGUAGACGAUGAUGAGCUGCUUAGCAAACCUUUAGCGACUGGUACCGAGACCCAAGCAGACAUCCAGGGCCAUCCUUCGACACAGCCGCCGCUACGAUACCUUCUGGAAAGCUUGAACGGCUCUAUCAUCAUCACAAGUCGGAACAAAGGAGUAGCAUUGGAUAUCGCCGGCUACACGAAGAACCUUAUAGAUGUGCAACCUAUGAACCAAGCCGAAGCGCUCCUUUUACUACAGAACAAGUUGGACAUACAUAUAAACAGGACCGAUAUGGUACAACUAGUGAAGGAACUAGAGUGUAUGCCACUCGCGAUCGUACAAGCUGCCAGUUAUCUUACCCACCGCUCGCCCCGCAUCUCAGUCUCGCUGUAUUUGGAAAAGGUUCGAAAUUGCGAUAACGAAACGACUAAGCUUCUUAGCUACGAGGCAGGUCGCCUUCAUCGUGACUGGGAGGCAAAGAAUUCCAUUGUAUUGACAUGGCAAAUAUCUUUCGACCAUAUUCGACAAACAAGACGAUCUGCGGCUGACUUACUCUCUCUCAUGAGUCUUUUCGACCCACAAGGAAUCCCGGAGAAGCUUCUGGGGAUUCAAAAGAGAGAGAGAAGUGAGAAUAAUUUGAGCUCUUCAGAGUUGUCUGUGAACAGCUCGGCUGACUCAGACUUUGAGGAUGAUAUUGCAGCUCUCAGAGACUAUUCGUUCAUCCAGAUCGGUGAAGAUAGCACCAUGUUCAGUAUGCAUCGGCUAGUGCAGCUCACGGUACGAGCAUGGCUCACGACAGAAGGGGAAAUAGAGCAAUGGAAGCACCGAUUUAUUAGCAACCUGUGCCAGGAAUUUCCGAGUGGUGGAUAUGAAAACAGGGAAAGCUGCAGACUGCUGUUUCCACACGUGAGAUCAGCGAUAUCACACCGACCAGAAACCCAGGAUUCCCAACAAGAAUGGGCUACUCUACUUUAUCGAGGCGCCCGAUAUGCACAUGAAAACGGCAAUACUCGGGAAGCUACGGAAAUGGCUUCGAAGUCAAGGAAACAGAGGAUAAGCAUAUUUGGUGUCGACAGUGAAGAAGCCCUUGAAAGCACAGUUAUGCUAGCAACAGCAUAUCGGCGUGAUGGACGGUGGGAGGAGGCCGAGCGCCUUGAGGUACAGGUGAUGGAAAUGCGAAUGACGAGAUGCGGCAUUGAACAUCCCAGCACGCUAGCGAGCAUGGGCAACUUGGCAACGACCUAUAGAAAGCAGGGUAGGUGGGAAGAGGCCGAGCAGCUUCUCCAACAGGUACUGAAGACACGCAAGACCAAGUUUGGCGUUAAACACCCCGGUACGCUAGCGAGUAUGGGUAACUUAGCUACAACCUACCGGAAACAGGGCAGAUGGGAUGAGGCCGAACGACUUGAAUUGCAAAUUCUAGAGACGAGAAUAACCAAGCUCGGCGACGACCACCUUACGACGCUAGCAAGCAUGGGAAGCCUAGCAACGACCUAUCGGAAGCAGGGCCGAUGGGAGGAGGCUGAGCAGCUUCUUAAGCAGGUAGUGGAGAUGCGCAAGACAAAGCUCGGGGACGACCAUCCGGACACUCUGAGGAGUAUGGCUAACCUGGCUGCUACCUACAUGGAACAGGGCCGGUGGGAAGAGGCCGAGAGGCUUCAGGUGCAGGUGAUCGAAACGCUCAAAACCAAGCUAGGCAACGAACAUCCGGAUACGCUGACGAGUGAAGUUGGCCUAGCGGCCAACUAUAGAGAGCAGGGCAAGUGGGAGGAAGCCGAGCAGCUUCUCGAGCAGGUGGUGGUGACAAGCAAGACUAAGCUCGGCAACGACCAUCCAGAUACGCUGACGAGUAUGGCUAACCUGGCUACUACCUACAUGGAACAGGGCCGGUGGGAAGAGGCUGAGCGGCUUGAGGUGCAGGUGAUGAAAAUGCGCAAAACCAAGCUAGGGAACGAACAUCCGGAUACGCUGACGAGCAUGGCCAGCCUUGCUCUUAUCCGGAAAUCUUCCGGCAAAACGGCAGAUGCCAUUGAUUUGCUGAGAGAUUGCCUAGCUAAGCAGAAACACAUCAUCGGACCUAAUCAUCCUCAUGCAGUGUCAAAUUUUGAAACCUUGCUUGGAUGGGAAACUGAGCAGCUGAACAUUGAUGCAUAA